AUGGGACAAAAUCAGCCUUGUACUGAGGUUGUGUGUGAGGAACAGUUUAAUGAAGCUAUUAUGACGAUUUUAGAGGGGCGGCAUGAUAAGGAAAAACCGACCCAUCAAGCGACGGGCUACGGAGGCAGAGAUAAAAUGCUGUACAAUUUGAAAUCCAGAUAUUUAAAUCCCACUUCUGUUGUAUUAGAAUUUUUGAAACUGUGUACGCAUAACGUAUUAGCUACUGAAUCAAUUGAUAACAACGCUACACCUUCUGAGGAACAACUAACUAUUGAACCGAAUGAAGAUAACACUUCGACUUCAGCUAUUUUAACACAUGAAUUAUCAGCUGAACCACCUGUUGUAUCAAAAAGUGAAUCGGUUGUGAGAGUACAAGAAAUUAAUUGUAUUGUUUUGGGACAAGAAUCUACAGGAGCACAUUCAUGUGACAUUUGCGGAAAUUCCGUGCAUGCAAUAUGUGGCAUUACGACAAGCGAAGGAUAA